CAAUAUUGUAGACGAGCUCUCCACUCCCUUUGAGAGCUCAAAAAAAACCUUCCCUCUUCUUUCUUGUCUUCCUUCUUCAAAUCGAAAAUCCUCUGUAACCAGCAAUUGGUUUCUUGUGCAAUGGAGAUUCAAUUUCAACAGCAAAAGCAGCAUAUGAAAAGGGCAGGCAUUCCAACGAGCAAAGGAGGCAAGUUCAAGGGAGGUGGAAGAAACAGAAGUGGCAGCAACACAAACAAGUUUGUCGGGGUGAGACAGAGGCCUUCUGGGAGAUGGGUGGCUGAGAUUAAAGACACAACGCAAAAGAUAAGGAUGUGGCUCGGCACUUUCGAGACCGCCGAAGAGGCUGCUCGAGCCUACGACGAAGCCGCUUGCCUUCUUCGUGGAUCCAACACUCGCACCAAUUUCAUCACCCAUGUCUCCUCGGAUUCUCCUCUGGCUUGUCGGAUUCGGAAUCUCCUCAACAACAGAAAAGAAGCCAAAGAACAACAGCCCGCAGAUGCCGCCGCCGCUGCUGCCAUUUCCACAAUUUCUAGCAGUAAUAUUACUAGUUCUAGUAGUACUUCUAGUUCUUCCAGAAGCAGCGGCGGAAAAUCUGUUUCUUCAGAGGUAUUCCAUGACACCCAGAUGUUUGAUAAUGUGUAUAAACCAGAAUUAAGCAAGUGCAGGGAGGAAUUUGAGUUGGGUUCUUCUCAGAAUGGUCCUUCGUGGGGUUUUGAUCGGUUUUUGUUUACUCAAGAAGCGUUGGAUUUGCCAAAGAAUGUGGCUUUGCAUGAUGCAGCAGAAUUAAUGGAGAUUGCAGAAUUUGAGAGGAUGAAAGUUGAAAGACAGAUAUCAGCUUCGCUGUAUGCAAUGAAUGGCGUGCACGAGUAUAUGGAAACUGUGCAUGAUCCUGCUGAAGCUCUAUGGGAUCUUCCACCCUUGUGUGAAUUGUUCUGCUCAAUGUGAUGGUUUUUAUGGGCUUCAAUUUUAUUUUUCCCUGCUUCUCAGCCUUUCUUUUUGUUUCCUUUUAGUUUAACCCAAAAGAUGGUAUAUGUGGCUGAGGAUGGGUUGCAAGAUUACAAUAAC